UUAGAACCGCCAGUCUGAACCAGAACUAGCUGUACAGAAAGCGAAGGAAGGAAAAAAAGCUGGCUGCCAGCUAGCAACAGAGCUUUGGACGUCGGGCUACGAAAAGAUAAAUAGACAAAACUGGAACGCCAACACGGAUUUCUUGUGGGACAAACGUACAGGGCUCGCUGCUAAAACGAUGCCUCACACUAGACGUUACUCAUCUUCGGACAGAGACAGUCGAAGCAGCUACCAAGACCGUUACAGAGACAGAGACAGAGACAGAGGGCGAAGACAUCGACACAGAAGAUCGCCUUCUUACUCCUCCAGCAGUGACAGAGAUAGAGACCGAGACAGAAGAGGACGGGGACACAGACAGGAAGGAAGCUUUGUACGCUCAAGGAGUCGUAGCUAUGACAAUCGCUCUACGGAGCACCGGCCAUUUGACAGAAGAUACUGCGAGGGAUACAGACGCUUGGAUCAGAGCCGAGAUCAAGACCGCGACAGAGAAAGGGAGCCACAUGGAGCAGCUGAAAGUUACUAUCCACGCGACUUCUCCCCAAAUGUAUAUGAUUACCGACGUGGCCGCGAAAGGGAUCGGGAACGGGACGAGUCAUACCGGCGGAAAGGCAGCAGGCGUAAGCACAAACGAAGGCGGCGUAGAACCAGGUCCUAUAGCCCAUCUUCCUCGCGGAGUGACAGCCGGACGCGGGCACUGAGUGUGAGGGACGACGAGGAAGGGCACCUGAUCUGUCGGAGUGGGGACGUCCUGCAAGAGAGAUAUGAGAUUGUCAGCACUUUGGGAGAAGGCACCUUUGGGAGGGUGAUGCAGUGCAUAGACCAUCGCAGGGGAGGAGCCAAUGUUGCUCUGAAAAUUAUCAAAAAUGUGGAGAAGUACAAGGAAGCCGCUCGCUUGGAGAUAAAUGUACUAGAGAAGAUCAAUGAAAAGGACCCUGAUAACAAAUUCUUGUGUGUACAGAUGUAUGACUGGUUUGACUACCACGGUCACAUGUGUCUCUCCUUUGAGCUGUUAGCUCUCAGUACCUUUGACUUUCUGAAGGAAAACAACUACCUGCCCUACUCAAUUGGUCAGGUCAGACACAUGGCCUACCAAAUCUGUCUUGCAGUGAAGUUUCUCCAUGACAAUAAGUUGACGCACACAGACCUAAAGCCUGAGAACAUCCUUUUUGUCAACUCAGACUUCACAAUGUCCUUCAAUGUAGAGAAGAAGCGAGAAGAGCGGACGGUUAAGAGCACGGCAGUACGUGUGGUGGACUUUGGCAGUGCCACUUUUGACCACGAGCACCACAGCACCAUUGUGUCCACACGGCAUUACCGUGCCCCUGAGGUCAUACUCGAGCUGGGCUGGAGCCAUCCGUGUGACGUGUGGAGCAUCGGCUGUAUCCUCUUUGAGUUCUACCUGGGCUUCACGUUGUUUCAGACUCAUGACAAUAGGGAGCAUUUAGCCAUGAUGGAGAGAAUCCUGGGUCCGGUGCCCUCAAGGAUGAUUCGUAAAACUAGGAAGCAGAAGUAUUUCUAUAGAGGUCGUCUGGACUGGGACGAGAGCUCCUCAGCAGGGAAAUAUGUCAGAGAAAACUGCAAACCUUUGCGGCGAUACUUGCUGUCGGAGGCAGAAGAGCACCACCAGCUGUUUGACCUCAUUGAAAGCAUGCUGGAGUAUGAGCCCUCCAAGAGGCUAGUGUUGGCAGACUCCCUCAAACACCCUUUCUUUGAGAACGGGGGGACUGGGGAGUCAGGGAGUGGCAAGAACUGGGAAGGUAACCGGGACAUCAGCCGGUGACCCAUGAGCCUCCAAAGACUGAAUGACAGAGGAAGUCUUUUAUAUGUGGAGCAGGUGAACUGUUAAAUUAAAUGGGGCUUCAGAUGUUUUCUGUCGUUUGUCAUUAACGCAUGGACACCUUAACUUCCUGCUCCUCCACCCUGCCCCUCUGAAGUCCGCCUCUGCAGCCACAAUAGGCAUGUUUUUGCAGCAGAGAGACCAAAACAAACCCACAAAAGACUGGAAAAGAGUUGGAAAGAAUGAAUCUUUUCUGGCCACCACAGCCUCAAUAGAGGAUGAAAAAUCUUAAAUGGAGGAUUGUACCCAAAGUAGCCCUCUAUGCAGCUCCUGUCUUCCUUCCACCUCUGAACUACCUUCCUCUCUUCCGUCCAUCCGUCUGUUAUUUUCAUCAGCAUGUAAAGAAAAUAAUUCACCUUUUUAUAAGGUAAUGAGCACUACAAAAGACCAGUUACACAACAGCUCAGCUACGGAGAAGAAAUGUCCUCGGAUUCUGAAGUCUAAGGAGAGGGUGAAAAGGAGAUAGAGCUGUAUAUGCAGCGCAAGUCCUCACUCACAUAAUUCUGAACAUGGAGACAUGCAAGAUAUUUUAUUAUGCUGACAUCAAAUCAUUCAAAGUAAAUAUCAUAUUUCUUUGGGAAUUACCGAUAUUCCCAGCAGAGAAAAGCGUCUCUAGGUUUUUGUUUACGUUUUUGUUAAGUGAGCACUUGCAUUGCAUAUCAUUUUCCUUGUUUCUUUUUUUUUUUUUUUUUACGUCUGAAAGGAUUAUCCCUUAUAUGGAGACUUGUGCCCUUAAUCUCGGGCCUACAGGCCUGUUAUUAUUCGCCAAUGAGAUGAUAAUGGUGAUGGACACUCCACACACAAACAUGGGCCUCUGUGGUCUGUCUUAUUGAUAGAUAAAUGUUUGUUAUGUUAUGCAAUGCUUUCUGGGUGUGAGGAUGUGUGUGUGCGUGCAUGUGUGUGUAGGGGUGGGUGGUGUGGGUGACACGUUCAUAUUAACGUUUUGAUCAGUGACUUCUUAGUAGCUCAGCGGUAGUCAUGGGAACAUUUUAAACACAAAAGAACAAACUGCCUUUUUCCAUGUGUGAUUUGGUCAGACCGGAAGUCUCUCCAUUGAGGUUAAGCACACAGCUCCUGGUGGUAGCCAAUGAGUCACACACACCUUUCGCCAGUAUUUAUUUUUGGGCUCCAAUAGGUCAUAGUCCCCCACCCCCCCACCUGUACAUGACUUGUGUUUUUUUUGUAUGAAAUUAAAGCGUAUAAAACUGUAUAUAUGUAUGAUUGUGUAGAAUUAAAGUUAAGUCCUCCUUACCAAAGGCUUAUGGUGCUCUCAGUAUCGGUCUGGGCCUCUGGUAGCUAAAGGGAGGCGUUCUGUCUUUAAAUACCAGCACUGUGUCUGAGUCCAUCUCUUAUCUCUCUAAUGCCACUUCCGGAUCAUGUGCAAGAACAUCAGAAGGGUGUUUGACAGGUGCUGGUGAAGGUUAAACAUGGUGUCUGUGCUCAAGUGAACUCAUCUUUUCAUCUUGAGAGUGAAUAACCAUACUGCAGAAAUAACCAUAUUGGUCAACUUGGAUGGAUAAGAAGUUGUAGUUUCUCACUACAUUCUUUUACUAGAAAGUAGCUUGGACGUGUUAAUUUUGUUUCCAGAAUGUGUCUUUUAUUUUGUACCGCUGGAAGGAUAUUUAAAUAUUAAUUUUAAUCGUGAAACUACUUUUGAUUUUGUUGGUAAGUCCUCUUGGCAGCCAACAUGUACAGGUAUCGCAUGCUUUCUAUUACCAUCCAUUUCCUGUUAGUUUAGUCGUGUUGUAAACUAAUCUCUCUUUGAUUUCCUUCCAAAACCUAAACUCAGCUGUCACCCUUUCAAGACAGGAAAUGAGGGGAAACUUGGAUGAUCUGCUGCAACAGGUGUAUACGUCUCGUAAGCCUGCCCAUCUGUCGGUAAUGUACCGUUGCUUUAUUGACCUCUCUCACUGUCCUCAUUCUCUCUCUCCUCUUUUAUCCUGUGAAUGAAUGGAUUAAUGAGCUGGGGGUUCUACAAAAAAUAAGACUGGGGUGUGAGGCUACGGCCAUGGAUCAGCAAAGGACACUGCUACACAGCAAGACUCAAGACUAAAAAUAACAGACUCGGACCACUUAGUUAAAAUUGUGCUUGGACACAGAGACAUGCCAGGACCCUUUGGGACCCUGGAGGUUUAUGGUCAUUUGGGUCAGCCCCUCACUCUGGUUGGUUAGUUAUUUAAUACUAAAAAUGUCUUAUAAAUACUAGGCCUUAAAGUCAUUUGAAUUUGUGAAAUCUCAGUCGCCAUCAGCAUUUUAUCUAAUUUAUCCUUUUUUACAUUUAUUUUUGUCAGAAUGAAUCAAGGCCCUCUGUGUGAAAGUGCACAUUUCUGAUGUUACAAAUCUUGAGACCUUCCACUGAGCCUAAUACUGUCUUUGAACUUUAUACUUGUUCCAAGCUGUUGGCAAAAUGUAGCUUAGCCUAACUCACUCUGACAACCGUAUACCUACAUAAACCUAUAUCUGCAUGGGACAUUAAACAUACUACCGACCUGCAUUGCUAGAAGAAGAAAAUGAUGAUUUGUUUCAGUACAUCAGUCUUAAAUUCAGUUAAAAAUGAUCUUGAAAAAGCAUAAAGAAUCAUCAAAUUUAAGUGUAUGAUACCUGUAGACACCCUCAAAAGAGAAAAUGAUUUAUGAGCAGAUAUAAUGAUACAAGAUUGUUUGACUUCACAUCUUUGUUGUAAAUUAGAAAUGUGCAAAGUCAGUAAUACAAUCCAAUUAACAAAAGAAAUACGUGGGAAACAAUACAGUGAAGAGGAGAAAAGACAACAACAAAAAUAUUUUAACAAUCAAAACCCAGUGAUUUAUGUAAGUGAAUGGACUGGGAGUUCUCUCUCUCUCGACCUGGAUUCAUCUCUGAGUACACCGAGUGAGUGAAUGAAUCAAUGAAUGAAAUGAGUCAUUCAACUCUGACUCAGGUUCUUAAUGUUUGCAGUCAAUGAAGCAGCGUCAUGUCUCAGGGGACAAGGUAGGCAUCCUCUCUGCGUCAUAGAGGCAUCACCCCCCACCUCUUAAGUCUGUCCAUGCUCCGUCUGGCAGCCUCCCUGACAAACAGUAUCACCAACUGACUCAUCAGCUGUUACCUAAACACAAACUAUGCAGAUGUUCUUUUGCUGAAAUUAAGAAUGUAACUUUUAAUUAAAGACUUUAGACAUUUGAAGUCCAACCCCAAACUGUAAACACAAGUUUUUUUGAGCUAUGUCAGAGGACAAAUGUGAACGAAGCAGCUGUUUCCCUGUGCAGGUUUGUUUGGCAUUGCUUUGUUGUUAAUGAGAUAAACUCUUACGUCUUCAGCUAAACCUGUUUGAGGACCAGCGGGAUCAUCGGUCAAAUCCCCAUAAGAGCAGACUGGGACAGAGCAGAGGUGUAUACAUGUGCACACACUAAAGUAGUGGAGGCGAUGCAACGGAUGGACCCUACACUCAACAGCUUUGACAAAUGAUACCAACAGCUGAUUGACACUACUUGCAGAUAAAAGCCUGAAUUCUGGUUCAAAAGUAACGAAGAGCAACAACGCCGACUUGUCCUGGACUUUGAAAGAGCCUUGAAAACGGCACUUGCUACACCGCACAAACGACAUCAGCAGAAGACAGCUCUUAAAAAAUG